CGUAUUCAAGACAGCAGGAAAACUAUAACCUCUCUCUUUCUCACAUCUGCGUUAAAACGUCACUCGUAGUUAACAAGUCGUUUGCUUUCGAUUCUGACCACCGCGCAGCAGUUUCGUUCGGUCCGUGAAACGUGCAACUAACGCCCUCGAGGAGGAAACAGCAAAAGUGGUAGUGCGCUGGUGACAAUUUUUUGCCGCUGAAGAAAAGUUAGUGAGUGCUUAUAAUUCAAAGCAUUUCUGCCAAAAUAUAUAAAUAAUCUUUUAAUUGUUUGUUUAUGAACCUUGAUACUGGCUUCGUUGAUAGAACAAGUAAUUUCAAUACCUCAGCAGCAUGGCUUCUAAGUCGCAAGCUCGAGUUAAAGCGGAAGGUACGGAGAUUCAGUCCUAUCUGGAGUCGUUCAACAAGGAAAUAGAUGAUGGAGAUAAAGAAGUCAUUCCGUUAGAAAUGGAAGAAGAAGAAGAUGACGAAGAAGAGGAGGGCGGGUGUUACUUUGUCGAUCAGAGUGGAAAUUACUAUUACCAAGCGAGUAAGGAUUCGGAACCGGUAUUGACAACGGCACCUCCGGAUGCUGAAAUUGAAGGUGACGAGGAGGGCAGUGAAAGUGCAGCUACCGAAAAUUGUAAACUAGAGCCGAAAUCGGAGGAUGUAAGCUACGUGUUUAUCGUCCAACAGAAUGAGGCGAAAGACGAUGGCGAUGCAGCCGCAGACGGAGAAGAAGAUGAACAUGUUUAUGACUUUGAAGAGGGUGAUUAUGGUCUGACGGAUCAGAAGCCCAAUGUUAGUAAAAUGAAAACGCAGAGCCUUGGACGUGUGACGCAUAUGUGCAACUACUGCAAUUAUACGACCACUAAACGAUUUUUACUUGCUCGUCACAUGAAAUCGCAUUCGGAUGACAGGCCACACAAAUGUUCUGUUUGUGAACGAGGUUUUAAAACGCUCGCUUCGCUUCAAAAUCAUGUUAACACGCAUACCGGUACCAAGCCGCAUCACUGCAAGCAUUGUGAGAGCAGUUUCACUACAUCCGGUGAACUAGUUCGUCACGUUCGCUAUAGGCACACGCACGAGAAACCACAUAAGUGUCCUGAAUGCGAUUACGCUAGUGUUGAACUAAGUAAACUAAAACGCCAUAUCCGGUGUCACACUGGUGAGCGACCGUAUCAAUGCCCUCACUGUACGUAUGCAUCACCGGACACCUUCAAGCUGAAGCGGCAUUUGCGUAUCCACACCGGUGAAAAACCAUACGAGUGUGAUGUUUGUCACGCUCGCUUCACUCAGUCCAACUCGCUAAAGGCUCACAAGAUGAUCCACCAAGUUGGCGAUAAACCCGUUUUCCAUUGCGAGCUGUGCCCUACGACAUGUGGUCGUAAAACUGAUCUGCGAAUACACGUCCAAAAGCUGCAUACUCCGUUGGACAAGCCUAUGCGAUGUCGACGGUGCAGUAAAAUUUAUCAGGAUCGCUAUUCGUACAAAAUGCACACCAAAACUCACGAAGGUGAAAAAUGCUACAAGUGUGAUCUCUGUCCGUACGCAUCGAUUUCAGCGCGACACCUUGAAUCGCAUUUGCUAGUACAUACGGACCAAAAACCGUUCCAGUGUGACAGUUGCGAUCAGUCCUUCCGACAGAAGCAACUCCUUAGACGACAUGUUAAUCUGUACCAUAACCCGGACUAUAUCGUUCCCGCACCAAAGGCUAAAACCCAUAAAUGUCCCAGCUGUCCUCGAUCGUUCCGACACAAAGGUAAUCUCAUUCGACACAUGGCUCUGCAUGAUCCGGAAUCGUCAGCUCGAGAGCAACAGCAGGCUCUCAAGGAGGGGCGCCAGAAGCGAGUUAGAAUUCGUCUGGAACAUGAAGAUGAAAAUGAUGAAGAUGAAGUCAAUGAACAGAGCGUUAUGACGGUGGAAGGCGAGGAUGGUCAGUAUGUAGUAUUGGAAGUGAUUCAGUUACAAGACGAAGAUGAACAGAACUCUAAGAAAAAGCGCACCUCUGGUAAUAAACAUAUAGAUGAGGAAGCGGAAGAACAGACAGAAACGGAAAGCGAAAGCGAAGAAGACAUUGAUCUACCGGAGAAUAACGAUGAAUUUAUAUUCAAUGAAACGGAUGUGCUCAUGUCGACCUUAGAGCCAAAGGCACAGAAGACACGGUACUCAACCCGCAACAUAAAGAAAAUGAAGAGCGAAGAGGACAUGUCCAAUUGCUUUGGGUUCGAUGAGGACGACGAAAACAGUACAGAUGAUAAAGCAACAAUUACACUCUUAAGUUAAAAACUGGUGUCUUGAAAAGUGGGGAAAUGGUUGAUAGAUUACCAGCGUCUAGAUACACUCAUUUCACGUAUCGUAGGUUAAGUCGGAUGAGAGUAGGUUGCAUCUAGUCUUUAAAAAAUAUUCUAAAGGAUGUGUUAAGUGUAGUAAUUCACAGGAAAAAAUUAAUUACGCUUGUUGUCGCUGAUAACUUAGUUGUAAUAAUUUCUGUAGCUUUUGUUGCGGUGGAAACUGCUGUGCACAUUUGCCAAAUGUGUAUUAAUCAUGAUUGUAGAUACCAUCAUGAAUUGAAAACGACAAAUAUUGUUCACAAUAGGUGAACGCAAAUGUUAUUUUUAUUUGAUAUGCACCCUACGAAUCAUCUUUUUUCUUUUACAUUACAAAUAAAAAUUGAACAAAACAUUUGAA